GCGGCGCGGGGCGGGGCUGCAAGAGGGCUGAGUCUACCGGCGGUGUCCACUUUCCAGUCCUCAGUCACACACCACACACGGCACCGCUUCCCGACACUCACACACCGACAGCUUCCCUCGCCUCGCCUCGCCUUGUUUUCCGUCGGGAUAUUGAUCCUGUCGGCCAAGGGAGGGGGAAAAGAGCCGCUGAGAAGGUCGGGUUGGUGUUUUCGGCAUCCAUACCACUGUUUGGGUGUCGGCAGCAGCAGCGGCGGCAGCAGCAGCAGCAGCAGCAGCCGCAUUCCUGGUGCAGAGCAGCGGCGGCCUCCACCAGGGACAGCACGCCGCCCGCACACCCCCGCCCGCGCCUCAGCCACGCCCAGUGUAUCCUGCACUUCGCCAUGGACAGUGAAGGUGCCAAGCGAGCGGGUGACACUCCCCAAUCACUGCCUGCUCAGGCUGCUGACGGUGUGGGGACGAAGCCAGCGGCACCAGCUACGACUACUACUACUACUACUACGACUGCUACUACGACACCAGGCAAGCAGGAGCAGAAUGGUGUCCCGGAGCACGACGACAACGAUGAUGUGGUGAUGCGCAGCUCCCCACGACUGCCAGGAACGACUACCAAGGAGGAUGUUAGCGUGAAGACGACCACGCAGGCGACUACUGAGCAAACACGACCUCAGGAUGUCAAGAACGAGUCUCUGGCAGCGACAACGAGGCGUGACGAUGGUGCCAAGUCCCCUGUCUCUAUUGUUAUUGAUGAGACGACGCCACGACCCCACGACGACCACGAGGACGACCAUGGCGCUUCAGGAGAGAUGAAGGUCCCAGAGGAGGGACACGAUAGCGGGGUUGACGAGACCACGCAAGCCAAGCAGGAGAAUGGAGGCAGCAGGUCCCCAUCGAAGGGCUCGCGAGGUUCCCCCAAGAAGCGGAUGCCCCGCUCCUCCGACCCGUCCCCCAUCAAGCCCCGCACCCCCACGUCAGCCCCAUCCCUGGAGCGUAAAGUGCCAAUGAACAAGGUCGAGGUGGGCAAGAGUGCCUCACCUAACCUGAAGGCCGUCAAGUCCAAGAUCGGCAGCAUGGACAACGCCACAUACAAGCCGGGCGGAGGAAAGAUCAAGAUUGAAUCAAAGAAGCUUGACUACUCUAAGGCGUCCAGCAGGAUUGCCGCCAAGAACGAUGCUUACCAACCUGGCGGAGGCGACAAGAAGAUUGAGUCGCAGAAGCUUAAAUGGAAAGUCUCCAGCAAGAUUGGCUCCCUGGACAACAAGGACCACAAGCCCGGCGGUGGGGACAAGAAAAUCGAGAGCCAGAAGCUGAAAUUUGCCGCACAGUCCAAGAUCGGCUCCAAGGAGAACAUCAAACACAAACCAGGUGGUGGCGAGAUCAAGAAGAAGAGCCCAAAGUCUGAAACAAAAAUUGAGAACCAAAAGUUGGAUUUCAGGGACAAAGCCUCAAGUAAAGUAGGGUCACUAAACAAUGUACAGCAUAAGGCUGGUGGUGGGGAUAAGAAAAUAUUUGAUGACAAGGAGUACCUGAGACAGAUGCAAGGCUCCCCCUGCAACACUUCCACUAGUAAGGCAUCCUCUGAGGCAAACCUCUCAGGCACACAGAGCCCCAGCCCAGGCCUCACCUCCCCGGCCACACAGGAUGAGACGCUGGAGCAGGCAGCAGCAGCAGUAGCAGCAGCAGGCGCCACAUCCCCUUCAAGCAGAGGCACAACCCCUGCCCACUGAGUCAGCAGAGGAGGGAAGCAGGGAAGCUGAUGUGAGGCUGAUAUGUGAAGCAGCAGGGAGGAAGGAGGAAGCCAGCCAGCAUUCACUGUUACAUCUCCUUAGACUGAGCCGAACUAAUCCUACCUUGACUCUAAGGCUAAAAGUACGAGGCGAGAUGGAUUACCCGUCUCACUCUCUCUCUCUCUCUCAAAUCAGUCUUAUGGUUUAGUCUCAAAGCAUUGCAUCAAGAGAGGAUCUGCCAAGGGUGUCUUGUAAACGCCUUGGGAGGUUGCGGCGUUUAUUGACAGACGUUUUGGCAAUGUACUACUACGUAAGAAUACUUCUGUCCACUGCAUUGUCCCUUUGUUCAUGUGCAUUCACUGUCGGUCCAGAAGUCAUGUGUGUGUUUUGGAGUCAGAAAUGUCACUUAGUCUGUCCCUCUCUCACCACUGCGGCUCGGCCACGCGCUGCCUGAAUGCAUGUCAACAAUGGGAAGAAUUUCUGCAGGCGCUUUUGAUACAUGGUAAAUAGAUUGUUACUACUGCUACUAUUCAGACUACUACUAUUACUACUACUAUUCCUACAAUUGCAGUACUACUUAGGCUGUUAUUACUACUCUUACUACUACUACUACUACUACUACUACUACUACUACUACUACUACUACUACUACUACUACUACUACUACUACUACUACUACUACUACUACUACUACUACUACUACUACUACUACUACUACUACUUCUACUUCUACUACUACUACUACUACUACUACUACUACUACUACUACUACUACUACUACUACUACUACUACUACUACUACUGCUGCUUCUACAUUGCCAGGAACAUAAUUCUGUGUGUUAAACCUUGGAACAAUUUUUUUGUGUAUAUAGAUGACAUAAAGAAGAAAUAAUGUAGUUGUUCAUAUUAUCAUUGCAUCAUAAAGCCAAUCAUUCUUAAUUUCCAGACAUUUCAGUCAAGGCAAGAAAAUAGAGUAAUAAAAAAAAGCAUAUAUAUAUAAAAAAAAAACAUUCAUUAGUCAAGUUGUAAAAAGUUUCGUUCAUUUUAUUUCUAGUAUUAUCAUUUGUAUUGUGUUUUUUGUAUAUGUUCUUUUUUUUCCUUGCUACAUAGAGAAGUUAGCAAUAAAGUGCUAUGCUCCACUAGCUAGCAUGUGGGACAUUAGCUGUUACUCUUACUUUUAUUAUUAUUACUAUUAUUAUCAUUUUGUCUUUUUUUUUAUAUAUAGAAGGGCAAGAAAGGCUGUGUUGUUUAUAUAUAUGUAUUGAGGUGUGUGUUGCAGAUGCUUAAAAUAUGUGAUAGGGUUUAUAAUAGAGUAGAAUGAGAGAUUACUGAAGAAAAACAUAAAACUGGUUUGUGAGAUAGAAGGAAAACUUAAGAGGAAGAAAACAGGAGAAAAUUAAGAAAUUAUCAAUGAAAGAACAGAUAGAUAGGGACUGUGACAGGUUAAACAAAAAUUGCUGAAAAAGGCUAAAAAAAUUAUUUGUUGGAAGGAAAAAUUAAUGAGGGAAAGAACAAGAGCAAAUAAAGAGAAAAUUAUCAGUCAAAGAACAAAUGGAUAAGAUGUCAGACAUAUUGGAGAAAGAGAAUCAUUUAGGUCAAAUCUUAUAAAGAAAGGUUUGAGUUAGAAGAAAAAGCUACAAGGAAAGAAAAUAAGAGAUAAAGAAAUGAUAUCAGUUAAAAUGAAAACCUAUUGAUGUAAAGAAACAAGAGAGAAAACAUAGUUCUUAAUGAAAAAAGGCAUCAUAAACCAGACCGAACCAAGAAACACUGUAUUGAUUGAUGUAUGAAUGUAGUACAGGAUGAUGAUAGAACAGGGAUCAGGGUAGAUUUAUAAAGGAGAUGAACUAGGAAAUACAUAGAGAUUAAAUCAGAUCAAAUGAAUACAUGUUAUUGACAAGUGAAAAGGAAAUUAUGUAUUGCUUGAAAAAAUACAUCAGAAAAAAAAAUCUACAGUACAUUUUAACUAUUUGUCUGAGAUUCCUUUAAAAUUGAAUGUAUGUAUGCUUGUAUAUCGUUUUAUUAUGUGAAAGUAUUAUAUAACCGUCUCAACUUUUCUUUUUCUUUUUUUCUUUUCCUUUUUUUUUACCUGCAAAUUUGUGUGAAAAAAAAAGAAAACUUCAGCUUAUUACGAUUAAUUGUCUUUCGUGUGUCUCACUCCAUAAUGUCAUUCUUAACUACUUCCAACUGAGUUUUUUGAAAGAUAAAAUCCAUGAAAUAUGUUAAAAAAAUGAUGAAAUAAAAAUACAUGUACUAAAAAUG